GAGACUGUAUAAUGAUACUACAUUCAGCCGUCCAUAUUCGCCUGAUCAUACAUGCGCUUUUCUGCCUUCUUCAUUGACGGUAUGCACGACACGUCCCGGUGCGGUGUGGCAGGAGUCAGGACACUGUCCAGUGCCUGUUUUGUGUAUUUCCACAGAAGCCAGUGCUGUUUUUUGAGGUGCUGGCCGGUGUGCAGUGAAUGCUUAGUGAAGACAGGAACUGAAGACUGACUGAAGACAGGUAAGUAUCCAAGGAAGUAGCAGGGUAAGUCCUCAUUCGUGCUGGGAUGCUGGGAAAUGUAGUUCCCAGUGGACUGGGCUAGUGACUGAGGAUAGUGAAUGAACUAGUGACUGGGGAUUGUGACAAUUUUAUUAUAAGGUGAUGAAAAGCACAUUCUGGUUCUUAUCAGAGAAGGAUUUGCUGUCCUGUCAAAUAAACUAUAUAUAUAUUUUAAAAUAAUAGUAUUUUAACUUAACUUCAGUGCCUUAUGGGGUAAGUUAAAAUGCUGGCUCAAUUUACCCAACAAAAGUUGGCUUACUUUGCCCCAUAGCAGCCAUUAAAAAUAAAUAAAUAAAAUAAAUAAAUAAAUAAACUAGCUAGCUUAUCAAUUCAGGGUAAUAUUUAGAUAAAUUAAUAUGGUGUUAUACAUUGUUAAAUGACCUAUAUGCAUUAUAAAUAUUUUUAGACCUAGAUAAAUUUGCUUUGAUGUAAUAGCCAUUACAUCUGUUAUGCUAAAAUUAUACUUUUGACAAAGCAAAAACAUUUUAUAACCUGUUGAAAGUUCAAGAGGUUAUGUUCAUGUCAUCUAUAGAGCAAUUUUUUGUUUUGAUUUUUAUUAAAUAUGAAUGGUUCUUGCCUAUUUUAGACCCUAUGUGGUUGCAAAUGUAUCCUAGGUGGUUGCUAGGAAGUCCCAUGCACCCCAAAUGUCAUUGGGGUGCAUGAUGUGUAAAUGUAGAGAAUUUUAAUCAAGAUCAGGCUUCAGUGCUUCUUAUUACUGUCAUAAGGCAAUGACUCUUCUCAGACUCUAAUUCCCCUUGACUUAAUCUUUGCCCUACUUUUCACCAGCUGACACUUGAACCAGGUGACCUGACAGAUCCAGGGUGCCGUGACACCCAGUCAAAACCUGAUGAUCUAAUGGCAGACCAAAGAAUGGACAUAUCCUCCACGAUGAAUGAGUUCAUGUCUCCCAGUUCCACUGACCUGAUCAGCAGCUCAAUGGGAAUGCCGGGCAUGGACUACACCCGCAAGAGGAAGGGCAGCACCACCGACUAUCAAAUUGAUGGAUUUUCAUUAGAGGACAGUAUGGACAUAGACAAGGACAAACAACCUGGAAGGGUCGAUCAGCAGAUUAAGAAUGCAAGGGAAGCUCACAGUCAGAUAGAAAAGAGACGCAGAGACAAGAUGAACAGCUUUAUUGAUGAGCUGGCUUCAUUAGUGCCUACCUGCAAUGCCAUGUCCCGCAAGCUGGACAAACUCACGGUGCUACGCAUGGCGGUCCAGCAUAUGAAAACACUUCGAGGUGCUGCAAACCCUUAUACUGAAGCUAACUACAAGCCAGCCUUUUUAUCCGAAGAUGAGCUGAAACACUUAAUAUUAAGGGCUGCUGACGGUUUUCUGUUUGUUGUGGGCUGUGAUCGGGGAAAGAUCCUUUUUGUGUCAGAGUCUGUCUACAAAAUUUUAAAUUACAGUCAAAAUGACCUGAUUGGCCAGAGUUUGUUCGAUUAUUUGCAUCCUAAAGACAUUGCAAAAGUCAAAGAGCAGCUCUCAUCUUCUGACACAGCCCCACGAGAAAGACUCAUCGAUGCUAAAACUGGGCUGGCAGUCAGGGCAGACAUUGCCCCUAGUCCCUCCAGACUGUGCUCGGGGGCCCGACGCUCCUUCUUCUGCAGAAUGAAGUGCAACAGGCCCCUUGUCAAAAUGGAAGACAAAGAUUUUCCCUCAACUUGCUCCAAAAAGAAAGCCGAUCGCAAGAGCUUCUGCACCAUCCACAGCACUGGCUAUCUGAAGAGCUGGCCGCCCACAAAGAUGGGUUUAGAUGAAGACAGUGAGCCUGAUAAUGAAGGCUGUAAUCUCAGCUGCUUAGUGGCCAUUGGCCGAUUACAUCCUCAUAUUGUCCCACAACCCAUGAAUGGAGACAUCCGGGUGAAGCCCACAGAGUAUGUCUCACGCCAUGCCAUUGAUGGGAAGUUUGUCUUUGUGGACCAAAGGGCCACAGCCAUUCUAGCUUAUCUACCUCAAGAGCUGCUGGGCACGUCGUUCUAUGAGUAUUUCCAUCAGGAUGACAUCGGACAUCUUGCUGAAUGCCAUAGACAGGUACUGCAGAUGAGAGAGAAGAUCAACACCAACUGUUACAAGUUCAAGAUUAAAGAUGGCUCUUUUAUAACUUUAAGAAGUCGCUGGUUCAGUUUCAUGAACCCUUGGACCAAAGAAGUAGAGUACAUUGUUUCGACUAACACAGUCAUCUCAGGCAGUUCUCUUGAUGGAGCAGAGCCUGGUUAUCCUCUGCUCACUGCCUCCCCCCAGAGUAUGGACAGCGUCCUUACAGCUGCUGACGGCUCAGGGAAGACUGUUCCUGGAAUCCCUGGAGGCACAAGACCCGGAGCAGGAAAGAUCGGCCGCAUGAUCGCAGAGGAAGUGAUGGAGAUACAAAGGAUAAGAGGCUCAUCCCCAUCUAGUUGUGGCUCAAGUCCCCUCAACAUCACCAACAGCACACCCCCUCCUGACACAUCCUCGCCGGAGGGCAGGAAGAUUUCAAAUGGUGGAACUCCAGACAUUCCUUCAGCAGGGAUGGUGUCGGGUCAGGACAGCAUAGGAUAUCCUUACUCUAACAGCUCGAUUUUAAGUGAUAAUUCACAUAUCGGUAUCAGUGACAUCAUGGAUGAGCCAGGCUCCAGCAGUGAUGAGGCUGCCAUGGCGAUCAUCAUGAGCCUGCUGGAGGCGGAUGCAGGUCUGGGAGGUCCCGUGGACUUCAGUGACCUGCCCUGGCCGCUGUGAGAUUCCUGAAGAAGACCGUCACCCAUCAUGUGUACAGUCCAUCUCAACUGCGUUCAAACCAGCUAUGACCCUGACAAUCUUUUUGGUGACAUUGCAUUUGUUUUUGUCACGGUGCCUCAGGUAGCUCCACCCACAGCAAAAAAAAAAAAAAAAAACGGUCCACAAUCUCAUUCCACAGCUGUAUGUUCAAAUGUGCCAAACAUAGACUGUAAAAAAAGAUGGACGACACAUCUCCACUUUCUUCUGCUAUAGAAAAGUAAAGCCAAAACAUCCUAUUAUGGCCACUGUCAUCUUGCAAAAAAAAAAAAAAAAAACAUGAUUCUGAGACAGAUUUUGCAUAGUAUUGAUUCAUUUGGAGCCCGUGUUUGUGCAGUACUGAUCGUGAGGUGGAUUCAAAGUUCCUCCCGAAUUCCCAUAAACCCAAUCAGAAUCUCAUACUCAUGACACCACAUGCCGUUUUUACAGCAUUAAAUAACAAACUAAAAGCAAACAAAUUCGAAAAAUGAACACUUGAACAUAUUUUGGUAUGAUAAAACCUACUUGAAAUUAUGGAAACUAUCUUUGGAAAAAGUUGAUUCAAGUGUAAUUUAAUUGUUUGUUUUUUUUAAGUCCCAUUCGUUUACAUUGAGUGGCGGGGUUUAUGACCUGUACUGCAGCCAGCCACCAGAUGGCGAUCAAAUUGUUUUGGCUUAACUUUUCAGAACGUGUGCGGCACACUUGGUGUCAAAUAGGUGAUACUGUCACUAUUUCACUUUCAUUGAGGACAAAAAAUUGGUUUAUAGCACCUGGUUGGGACACGAUCUCCAAGCGCACAGCAUUUUGCGACACACCGUUAUCAGUGCUUGUACGCUAUCUAAGGCUAUUGUUUCAGUCUACUGAAUGGAGCACUUAAUGCCAAACAACUUAAUGUCACAAAUCCUGUUGGGCUUACAGAUUUUUUUUUUUUUUUUUAACAUAUAUAUAUCCACCUCAGCAUUUCUGAUCUUUUUAGUGUGUUUCUGCAUAUUUGCUUACUAAUCAAAUUUUGGUGAUCCAUGUGAAUUGUAGCCUCAUUUUCCUGUUCUUAGCUUACAGAAAUGGCACCCAGUGUGAUCUUCUGCUGCCGUAGCCCAUCUGCUUCAAGGUUCAUUAUGUUGUGCAUUCAGAGAUGCUAUUCUGCAUACCUCAUUUGCAACAAGUGUUCAUUUGAGUGACUGUUGCCUUUCAGUUAGCUCUAAUUAGCUCUCCUCUGACAUCAACAAGGUAUUUUUGCCCACAGAACUGCCACUCGCUGGAUAUUUUCUCUUUAUCAGACCAUUCUCUGUAAACCCUAGAGAUGGCUGUGCAUGAAAAUCUAAGCAGAUCAGCAGUUUCUGAAAUACUCAGAUCAGCCCGUCUGGCACCAACAACCAAACAAUGAAUUGGUCUGGAAAUUAUAUUCUCUGCAAACAUAUAAAAUGUGCAUAUAUAUUUUUUUGACAUUAAGAUCUGCUUUUAAACUGAAUACCAAGUAUUCCCAAACUUGAUUGUGAAGUAAAAAUGGCUCUAGUUUAUUGUA